AUGCAGGAAAAUCAGAAGUAUUAUCAUUCAGGAGACCUCAACAUUGCUGCCAUUAUUUCCCAGAGCUACAGAUUGUCCAGCUCUGUGGACUUCAACAGGCACCCGCUUCAUGAACUUAUUGAUGACCCCAUUCAAUUCUUGGCAAGUAGGAUGUAUCUAGCCUCUAUGGAACUUCUCUCUACAUGGAGCAGAUUCAUCCCAAACUACAGUUGUGAUCUCCAGGGUAAUGCAGUAGCUGUCAUUGGGGGUCCUAACUCAGACGUGUGUUUCUUCAUGGCAGACAUUCUGUGCAUCUACAAGAUUCCACAGCUUGGAUAUGGCUCUGCUUCAGUGACGAAUGAUCAAAAACAAGGAGCGUUCUUCCUGCAAUUGUUCCCUGAUUGGUACCACCAGUAUUUCGGGAUUCUCCAGUUGCUGCUGUUUUUCAAAUGGACCUGGAUUGGGAUAGUUACUUUACAUGCUGACAGUGGAGAAAGGGUUGUCCAGGCCAUUCUUCCCAAGUUUUCCCAGAGCGGCAUCUGCUUUGCAUUUAUUGAAUUUUAUCACAAACUGGCACAUUUUGCAACUGACUUUGGAGAAAUUCUGGAGAAUACGAUGGAAACAUACAUGGUUAUUUUGAGGAGCACUGCCACUGUUGUGCUUGUACAUGGUGAAAUUCAAACCAUGAUAUUUCUGAGAAUGUUUCCUGUUAUUUCAGGCAUUGUGGACACACCAAUGAAGACAGCAGGUAAAAUCUGGAUUAUGAUAGGUCGCAUGGAGUUCGUUUCACUUUCCUAUCAAAGAGAUUUCGACAUAGACAUAAUCCACGGUGCUAUGUCCUUGGCAAUUCACUCAAAGGAGGUGUCAGGAUUCCAGACAUUCCUUCAGUUGAAAAAUCCCAAUUUGGAAAAAGGAGAUGGUUUUCUCAAGAUCUUUUGGCAGAAGGCAUUCAACUGUGAGUUCCCCACCUCUGAUGGAGAUCAUGCUAGUGGGGAGGUCUGCACCGGGGAUGAGAAACUGGAAGCACUUCCUGGAUCUGUUUUUGACAUGAGCAUGACUGGCCACAGUUACAGCAUGUACAAUGCAGUCUAUGCUGUGGCACAUGCUUUGCAGUCCAUGCGGUCCUCCAAAUUAAAAAACAGAGUGACAGUGGAAAGAAGGAGAUGGAAGCUUCCGAAUCAACAACCAUGGCAGCUUCAGCACUAUCUGAAAGAAGUCUCAUUUAACAACAGUGCCGGGGAUGAAGUUUCCUUUGACCAAAAUGGAUACUUGGCCACUGGAUUUGAUAUUAUCAGCUGGGUCACAUUUCCAAACCUGUCCUUCCUGAGAGUCAAGGUUGCAGAGAUAGACCCCAUUUCUUCCAAAGAGAAAGAAUUGAACGUUUCUGUGAAUAGCAUCAGAUGGCCCAGUGCUUUUAACCAGGUACAACCCAUUUCAUGGUGUAAUGAUGUCUGUCAACCAGGUUAUAGCAAGAGAAAGAAGGAAGGGAAGCCAUUUUGCUGCUAUGAUUGCUUUCUAUGUCCAGAAGGGAAGAUUUCAAACCAGACAGACAUGGAGUACUGUUUGAUGUGUUCGGAUGGUCAAUAUCCAAACAAAGGCCAGGAUUUAUGCAUUCCAAAGAAUAUCAGCUUCUUGUCCUUUGAAGAACCUUUGGGGAUCACUUUAGCUGCUUUUACUCUUUCCCUUUCUUCCAUCACAGCUUUGGUGCUGGCAAUCUUCAUUCAGCACAAAGACACUCCCAUAGUCAAAGCCAACAACCGGAGCCUCACCUACACUCUCCUCAUCUCCCUCCUGUUCUCCUUCCUCUGUGCUCUGCUAUUCAUUGGCCGACCUGAGAAAGUGAUAUGUCUGCUUCGACAAACCACUUUUGGCAUAGUCUUCUCCGUUGCAAUUUCAUGUCUUUUGGCCAAAACCAUUAUUGUGGUUCUAGCUUUCAUGGCCACCAAGCCAGGGUCCACUAUGAGGAAAUGGAUAGGGAAAAGACUGGCUGCUUCUGUUGUUCUUUCCUGCUCCCUCAUUCAAGCCACUCUUUGCACUGUGUGGCUAACAACCUCUCCUCCAUUCCUAGAUGUAGAUACGCACACAAUGGCUGAAGAGAUUGUUUUAGAAUGUAAUGAAGGAUCUGCCAUCUUGUUUUACUCUGUCCUAGGCUACAUGGGUUUCUUGGCCACUGUCAGUUUCACAAUAGCUUUCUUAGCCAGGAAGUUACCUGACAGUUUUAAUGAAGCCAAGUUUAUCACCUUCAGCAUGUUGGUCUUUUGCAGUGUUUGGGUGACCUUUGUCCCAACUUACCUUAGCACAAAAGGGAAAUACAUGGUGGCUGUGGAGAUCUUCUCCAUCUUGGCCUCUGGCGCUGGGUUACUGGGCUGCAUUUUUGUCCCUAAAUGCUAUAUCAUUUUGGUUAAACCUGAGUUGAACAACAGGGAGCUACUGGUGAGAAAAAAUAAUUCAGGCAUUAGAAACUAA